UACUCUUAUUUAUUCCGUUAUCAUUUUCAAAACGUGGACUAAUCUGAUAUCGUAUUUAUAAUGUUGAAGAAUGUAAAAAGUUUACCAUAACUCCUCUAUCUUAAAGGAGAUUUGAAAUUAUUUUCGCUGAUUUUAUAAGAAAUGCAUGAAUUAUUUACUCAAGUAUUGAACUAUAAAGAUUUAUCUAAGGCAGGAGAUUUAUUUACAGUUCCUGAUGAAGCAAUUGUCAAUGAUUUAUCUGAGGUUAUUAAUGUAAUUUGUGAAAUUACAAGUUUACCAGAUUAUGUAAAUAAUGAUAAUGAUCAAAGUGUUGUAGAAAUAUGUAUCACUAGAGUGACAACUGCUAUACGAGAGACUUGUUCAAUGGAACAACACGCUGAAGCUCUUGUUGCCUUAUUAGAAUCAUGUUUAAAUCACAAUCUUAAACCUUCACAGAAGGAAGAAGAUCCACCUCAUGCUAAAAUAUCAUCUGACAUUAUAUCCUGUGUAUUUCUUAAUUAUAGCAAAAAAGAAGUUAUGAAAAGAGUACUUCCAGUAGCAGUAAAAUUUUUACAUAAAGGUAAUAAAGUGUUAUCGCGAAACAUGGCUUCAUAUUUAUCUCUUGCAGCAAUUGAAAAUUCUCCACUACUAUCAAAUCAUAUACAACUUAUAAUUGAUUCUAUUAUUUCUGGUAAUUAUCCUCUGUGUCGUGUACUUCCUCAAAUAUAUGAAGUUACCAGAGACCCUAUUCAUGAUCAUGCAAUGGCAUUAGUUUCUCUUUUACCAUUAUGUGAGUUAACUGAAAAAUUAGCUCUACUUCAACUUUGUUCGUUAAUUGCUAAUAACAAACCUAGUUUAUUAGAAGCCAGUUUACCUCAGUUGUGUGAAUAUUUAUGCACAUCACAAACUGUAUCAUCUACUCUUCAAAUUUUCCAUAAUUUGGCCAAAAAACAACCUCAACUCUUAUCUGAUUAUGUGUUGAAAAUAAAAAAAGCUGCUGAAUGUAAUCCCAAUGCUUUAUGUAUUGCAGCCCAAGUAUUAUCAGCUGUUGGAAAAAUCAACAAGAUAAAAGCUCAAGAAGCUUUAAACUUUAUUAUGGAUCAUUUACCUAAAGUAGAUCGAGCUAGUCAAAGCAUUUUAGUACGUGAAGCCACUUUUUUAUGUUCAUGUUUUCCAAUAUUAUUUACUGAUAAAAUGCUUGAAGGAGUAUUACAAAUAAGUCGUAAUACAAACUCUCAUAUAAAUCAGACAUCUGGAGGGGUAACAAUUGUCAAGGUUGGAGGAACUCGAUCUCCAACUAACUCAAGUGUAACUAGACAAACUCAGAUUGAUAAUAAUAAUGGAAGACAUUCCAGGAUUGUCAUUACUCCACGUCCUAGAAUAAUGACAGAUAGUAGAAGCACUGGAAGAUUGCAAUCAUCAAAUGCCCAUCGUAGUAUGACUCGAUUAAAUGCAGUUUCAGGUAGUAGAGUAGAAUCUAUUGGAGGACUGCAUAAAAGUAUGACUAAAUUAAGUUCUAAUCAAGUAUGUAUGCAGUCAUCAUCUAACCGUAAUAAACCAUCAACAAGUAAAAUUUUCAGUGGUGGAGUUACAGUAACUACUCCUUUUACUAAUUCAAAAGAUUCACUAGCCAAUUCAGUUAGUCAGACUUUAACUGGACGGUCACAAAAUUUUGUUCCACGUCCUUUAAGUACUGCAGGUAGUUCACCAUUAAAUCAAAGUCUUACAUCUCAAGGUCCCAUACAAUCCAGUGGUCCUAGUAUUAAUGUUGACCCAAUUAAUGUGACUUCUGACAUUUAUUCAUCAGUAACCCCAAGACGAAAUCACAAUACAAGUGUGACUAUCAUUAAUUCAAAUGUUUCACAAAGAAUAAGUGUUUUUGAACCAUAUCCUAUGAGAGAUACUAUGCAACAUUUCUGUGAAAAACAUUUGGAUAAAAUAAAAAAUUACAUGGAAAAAGUAUCUAUAAGAAUUCCUUCUCCUGCCAAAUGUACGAUAGAAGAAAGAAGAGCAAAAAAAACAGCCAAAUUACAUUUUGCAUGUGAAGGUCGAGGAGAACACUGCCUGUACAACCGUGCCUUAUUUGUUGUUCGUACUCGACACCCACGUGUAUGGAUUCACUUAAUGUUUUUAGCAUUGCAAGCUAGAUCGUCAUCAGCCUUAAGUUCUCGGCAUCCAUCAGUUAGUGCUCUUAAAAAUUGCUGGGAUAUUCUUAAAUGUGAAACAAGAACAUUUCUAACAUUAGUAACCUCAGCUUUCCCUUGUACAAAGGAUCAAGAUGCUGUUUUGAGUGAACUUCGAAAUAGUGGUUAUUUUGAUGUAUUUGAACACUUUAGUAUUAAUGGUGGUGGAUGGGGGUGUUUUUUAUGUAAUCAUCCUGAACGAGCAGUAGGAUUUUUGCAAGAUAGUCAACCUGUAAUUGAAGGUCAACUUAAAGAAAAAAAAGGUAGAUGGAGAUUAUUUAGAAGAUGGAGAACACGCUACUUUACUUUAUCAGGCGCUCAUCUUUCUUAUAAAGGAUCAAAAAAUGAUAAAGAUGGCACACCUAUUGAUAUUCAUCAAAUUAGAAGUGUAAAAGUAAGCCGAGGUGCACGUAACAUACCAAAAGCAUUUGAAAUAUUUACUGGAGAAGAAUCUCUUAUAUUAAAACCAAAAGGAGGUAAAAAUGCUGAAGAAUGGGUGCAAUGUUUAUCUGUAGUUGUUGCUCAUUCACAUUCAAAAGAUACUACUAAUUCUAGAAAUUCAAGUUUAAUAAGGACAACUAUAUAAAUCUGUAUUUUAUUUCUAUUAGUAAGACAAUAUUUUGUACUGUUAUUUAUUGAUCUAAAUAUUUAAUAACUAAAAAACCUGUAGACGUUUAUUUUUGUAUGUCAGUUGUGUAAAUGUAAAUAAUAUUUGUAUAUUUUGUUGAUUUGCUACAAUUAUUGAAUAUUAAAGAUUAAAUAAGAA